AUGCAUAAAUAUCCCAGGCCCGAACAAUUGGAUGCCAAUCCUGAUUCACCUACAGCAGCAAAAGAAUGGUUUCACUGGAAACGAACUUUUACGAAUUUUCUAACCUCUGCCGGAGAAGCAGUUCCAGACAAACUGAUAAUGUUGAUCAAUUUUGUUUCGCCGCGUAUAUAUGAGUAUAUUGGUGAAUGUGAAACUUACGAUACCGCUAUAUCACUGUUAGAAGCUGUGUAUGUUCGACCAACAAACGAGGUUCUAGCUAGGCACUUGUUAAUAACACGCAGACAACAGACAGGUGAGACACUUGACCAGUUUCUACAAGAGCUUAAAGUAUUGGCAAAGGAUUGUAACUUUCAACCAGUGACGGCCGAUAAAUAUAAGGAAGAAUACACAAGGGACGCGUUUAUAAAUGGACUUUGCUCACAAAUUGUUCGACAGCGUUUGUUGGAAAAUAAAACUCUUGACCUUAAGACAAUGUUUAAUCAGGCGCGAACAUUAGAUCUAGCUCAACGCAGUAAUGAAAUGUAUGUUCAGCCAUAUUCUGUGACAGCCGCGAUUGGACAAAAACCAGAUGAAAGUGUUCCAGAUACCACAAAAAAACUUCAAUUCGUUACUGAAGAAGACAAGAUUACAGCAGCUGCUGCACAACGACCCGGAAGUAAACAAAAGUGCUUCUUUUGUGGGAAUAAUGCUCAUGCGAGACGUUUUUGUCCGGCAAAGGAUGCCUCUUGUCAUAACUGUAGUAAGAAAGGACACUUUUCGAAAGUGUGUAAAUCUAAUACAACAAGUACUGGGACAUCUGCCUCUUGUACUCCCAUAUUAGCAACUGUAACUGCUGCAUCUCCGCAAUGUUUAAAGAAAGCAGUCAUAAAUGUGCGUGUGAAUGAACGUCCGUGCAAAGCCUUGAUAGACAAAGGUAGUUCUGAAAGUUUCAUUGAUAGACAAUUUGCAAAAUUAAUGUCAUUAAAUAUAAAUGACGCUACCGGAAGUGUAUCGAUGGCAUCCAGUGCUCUCAGUAGUCCUACAGUAGGAAUUUGCAAUGUAAACUUAAACAUUGAUGGACAUUUCUAUCGGAAUAUGCAGUUAUCUGUCCUCAAUAAACUCUGUUGUGACAUUAUAUUGGGACAGGACUUCAUGAAAAGACACGACAGUAUAAAAAUAAGUUUCGGUGGAAGCAGACCAGCCGUAGAAAUAAAUGACUCAAAUACAGUUUGUGGUUUAGCUGCUUCAAGUGUUGAUCCGCCGGAAUUAUUUGCUACCUUGACAAGUGAAUGCCGACCUAUUGCUACAAAAUCAAGGAAGUACAGUGCAGUCGAUAGAGAAUUCAUAGAAAAGGAGACAACAAGAUUACUUACCGGAGGUAUAAUCGAGCCUAGUAUGUCACCAUGGAGAGCUCAAGUUUUAGUGACUUCAAAUGAAAGGCACAAGAAAAGACUAGUAAUCGAUUACUCUCAAACUAUAAACAGAUUUACUGAACUUGAUGCUUAUCCGUUUCCUAACAUUAAUCAAAUGGUCUCAGAUAUCGCCAAAUACAAGGUAUACAGUACGCUUGAUUUACGAAGUGCCUAUCACCAAAUUCCGUUACGUGAACAUGAAAAGAAGUAUACAGCUUUUGAAGCCAAUGGCAGUUUAUAUCAAUUUCGGCGAGUCCCCUUUGGCGUUACGAACGGAGUUGCUUGUUUUCAAAGGGUAAUUGACCGUCUAGUGGCCGAAAACAAAUUAGAAGCAGUAUUUGUGUAUAUCGACAAUAUCACAAUAGGCGGAAUGGACCAAACCGAACAUGACGAAAACUUACGUCGAUUUCUUGAUGUUGCCGACAAACAUCAGCUAACAUUUAAUGAGGACAAAUGUGUGUACUCUGUCGAGUCAUUUGAUCUACUUGGAUAUACCAUCAGUCAAGUCCUAAAUCGGUGA